AUGUGGAGGAUUGGUCCUGCAGCGUAUGAGAUAGCAUUACCACCACACUUGGGAAACUUGCAUAAUGUUUUCCAUGUGUCACAGUUGAGAAAAUACAUAGUCGAUCCUACGCAUGUUCUGGAGGAUGACGAUGUGCAGAUACGGGAGGACUUGACCAUUGGAGUCGGACCGGUGAGAAUCUUGGACUCUCAAGUAAAACAGCUCAGAGGGAAGGAGAUCAGAACCGUGAAAGUGUUAUGGGAUGAGGCAACUCAAGAAAUGACAUGGGAGAUGGAAGAUGUCAUGAGGCGGUCCUAUCCUCAUCUCUUCACUGGUGGAAAGGAAAACCCUAGUGGUAUGACAACUGAGGGGUGGUUGGAAAAUAGCCUUAAGGAGUGGGUGAAUGACAUUAAAACACCACCUAAUAAUUAA